UGUUGUUCAUCGACAUUCCUCACCUCCCCCAUUCAACCGUCACAACGGCCACAGCUAUGGCUCAGACACCCCAGCCUCUCAAACCUUCUCUAGACGAGGUCAAGGCCUUGUUCGCCUCGGCGACCUCCACCCCGACGACUCUCGCCCCUCCCGGCGCCGACGGCUUCCCCCGUGGCUCAGGCAUCGCCGCUUCUUCAACCGACAAGGUCGAGGCGAAGCGUCCCAAUCUUGUGCCGGUGUACAUCGACAUCGCUGCGGACCUGCUCACUCCUGUUGCGGCAUACCUUAAGGUUGCCAACGGGAGCAAGUACUCAUUCCUUCUCGAGAGUAUCACGGGUGGCGAGAGUCUCGCGAGGUAUAGCUUUGUUGGCGCCGACCCAUUCAAGACUGUGCGCACUGGCGAGGGGUUCGAGGUGGCUGGCGACCCUCUUGAGGCGCUGGAAAAGGAGCUGGAACCCUACCGCUACGUCAAGCUCGACUCUGUCCCAACAUUCACUGGCGGCGCGGUCGGAUUCAUCACAUACGAUGCCAUCCAGCACUUUGAGCCCGUAACAAAGCCUGCCAAGCCGCACCACAACCCACUGCCGGGCAUGCCAGAGGCAUUCUUUAUGCUUGCAUCGACGAUUGUCAUCUUUGACCACAUCUUCCAGAGCAUCAAGAUUGUGACGCACGUCUACCUUCCAGAUGGUGAGGACGAGUCCAAGCUACCUUCACUUUACGAGGAGGCCGCCCAGCGUUUGGCGGCCAUCAGGGUCAAGCUUCUCAACCCCGAGACGCCGCUGCCUAAGCAGGACCCUAUCGUGCUGGGCAAUGAAGCUGUGAGCAACGUCGGCAAGGCGGGGUACGAGGGCUUUGUCACCAAGCUCAAGGAGCACAUUGUCGCGGGCGACAUUAUUCAGGCCGUGCCAUCCCAGCGCCUUGCGCGCAAGACUGCUCUCCAUCCCUUCAAUGUUUACCGCCACUUGCGCCGCCUCAACCCCUCGCCGUACAUGUUCUACUUGGACUGCGGGGACGUGCAGCUCGUUGGCGCGUCGCCAGAAACGCUGUGCAAGGUCGAGGGGCGUAAGGUUUACAACCAUGCAAUUGCAGGCACGGUCAAGCGAGGCAAGAAUUCGGUCGAGGACGCCAAGCUCGGCGCGGAGCUGCUUGCAAGCGAGAAGGACCGCGCCGAGCACAUCAUGCUGGUCGACCUGGCGCGCAACGACGUCAACCGCGUAUGCAAGCCUGAGACGGUCAACGUCGACGACCUGAUGCGCCUUGAGAAGUUCUCGCAUGUCAUCCACAUCACUUCGCAGAUCAGCGGACAGCUGCGGGAUGACCAGAGCCGCUUUGACGCAUUCCGCUCUAUCUUCCCGGCAGGCACCGUGAGCGGCGCGCCCAAGGUCAAGGCGAUUCAGCUCGUUGGCGGACUCGAGCGGGAGAGGCGUGGCGUGUAUGCUGGCGCCGUUGGCCGCUUUGACUUUGACCGCAAUGAGCUUGACACGUGUAUUGCCAUCCGCACUAUGACGUUCAAGGACGGCACCGUGUACCUCCAGGCCGGUGGUGGUAUUGUCUUUGACUCGGUGGAGGAGGACGAGUACAUUGAGACGAUCAACAAGCUCAAGAGCAACGUGUCAGCUAUCGAGGCGGCUGAGAAGGAGUACUACGCCAUGCAGCAGGCUGGUGCCCAGUAGAUAUCUGUAGAUUUGCACAUCCAUGCAUUGGGUUGUUUGAGA